AUGAGCAAGCCCACGCGCGAGGGCUUGGCGCGGGCGCUGCAGCUGCUUCCCGAGCAGAUGGUCCUCAGCGGCGAGCUGAUGGCGUGGCACACGGGGGGCAGCAAAAAGGUCAAGGGCCUCCCCGAAUACGCCCUGGGGAGCGGCUGGUGGAAGGUGCUCAAGAGCGCCAUGGACGUGCAUGUGGGUCUGCAGUUCGACUUAUCGGACUGGGAGGUGGCAGUUGCGAUGGUGAUCGGCCCGCGCUUCAGCCAGAUGAAGGUGUGCGAGGAAGCCAAGAAGAUCCUCGACUUCGUUGCUGGGUGGAGGCGGCACAUCAGGACUCCACGGCUGCUCGAGGGCGACCGGGACGCCGUGUGCCGCAGCUUGCGGGCGGCGGGGGAGCCGCUGACCCUCCGAGGGGCGGCCUCGCUGCUCCAGCGGUGCGUGGACGCCUCGCCGCCGCUGCUGCUCACGACCGCCACGGCGCACGGCUUCUGCUACGAGGGCGCCCAGCGGGGCCAGGCCGCCGCCGACGCCACACCGUCGCUGGAGGCCUCCCUGGAGGCCGCCGAGACGUGGCCAUCGGCGCAGCAGGUGCUGGACGACGUGGUCCUGCCGCUGUGCAGGCGGCGCGGCCUGCCCCUGUCCCUGCGCAUGGGCACGCGGCGCGCGGUGAACCCCGCGCUGCGGCUGGCGGGGGACGGCGCAGGGCCCGCGGGGCUGAGCUCCCUAGGCGACCUUUGCCGGUCGAACGCGGACGUGAAGUUCCUCGCCACGGUGCUCGAGCGGGGGGACCAGCACGGGCUGGCGGUCUUGGCGAGCAGGUUCCGGAACCUGCACGCCUGGGGCUGCUGGUGGCACUGCAGCAACCCCUCCGUGGUCUGCGAGGUGACGGCCCUGCGCCUGGAGAUGCUGGGGAGCGGCUUCACCUUCCAGGCCAGCUCCGCGCGCGUGCACGACCAGCUCAUCUACAAGUGGAUCCACGCCCGGGAGAGUUGCUGGCCCGCGUGCUCGCCGCGAAGUACGCGGAGCUCGAGGCGGCGGGCUGGCAGGUCAGCCGCGGCGAUGUGCGCCGCGACGCGCGGAGGAUGGAUGAUCGGCGGCGGUUUCGAGGAGUUCCUGGCGAAGAGGCUGUAGGCCGUCCGCGCCCCGGAGGGCGUGGCCGCGCGGGGCAUGGCUCUCGCCAUGGGGGGGACGGGUCCUGAGGGAAGCGGGUCCUGGGGAACAAGUCCCCGGGGCACAGGGCCCGCGGUUCCCCCCACUGCCGGAUUCGGCGCCCGCUUUCG